AUGGCCAAAACCAAGAAAAUUUGCAUUCUUGUGCUGAGGCUUCUAGCUUUUGGCGCAACCCUUUCGGCAGCCAUUGUCAUGGCUACUAGUCAUCAGAAAACUAGCUUCUUAACUGUGUCUUUGGAAGCAAAGUUCAGCCACACACCGGCCUUCAAGUACUUUCUGAUUGCAAAUGUUAUUGGAAGCGUGUACAGCUUCCUAGUCCUUUUUCUUCCUUCCGAGAGUCAGCUCCGGAGACUUGUUGUUGCCCUGGAUUUGGUUAUGACAAUGUUGCUCACAUCAAGUGUAUCGUCAGCCUUGGCAGUUGCUUAUGUGGGCAAGAAAGGAAAUUCACAUGCAGGUUGGCUACCAAUUUGUGGUCAAGUCCACAAGUACUGCAACCAAGUAGCCGGAGCUAUGAUCGCUGGCUUCAUCGGAGUUAUAAUCUAUAUGCUGCUUCUUCUCUAUUCCAUCCACAGUGUCCUAAAUCCUCUGCUUGUGUAGAAGCAUUUAAGCAUAUUCACAAGUCAAUUUUAUUAUGCACGCUAGCUUUUUUUAUGGCAUAGAAAGAAUUAAU